UCCGCGGUCAUGACGACUCUGUUCAAGUCGCAACCCUCCCACCGAUGUUUGUCCUACUACACUGAAUUGUGCUGAGAAUCUGCGCCUUUGGCCUUUCUUCACGACAAUAUUGAAUCGUGAUGUACUGAUAGCUCUACUCGGCAAAGCUAAAGCGGCAACAUCGCCGCUGUCCUCCUCCUCGACUCUCGCAUAAAACAAUACGACAAAUCCGAUACAUGUGUGUUUCCAACGCGCUAUUCCCCAUAAAUCCCAAACGGAUCUUAAUCGGCUUCACGACUGCGUCUUCCACAAGUUUCCUGCCGUCUGCCUUUGACAUCCUCUCGAAUAUUCAUCGCGUUCCUCUCACAGACGCUGCUCUUGGCGCCCAUAAGGUUUCCCCGCGUACGACCCAUAAUCUGGUCAAUCCGCUUUCCAACUUGUCGAGUAUUAACCAGGGUGGCUUGGCUAUUUCUCCAUUGGAGUCUCAGCUGCUACUCUCUCAAGUCCCAAGCUCGCAGUCAGUUCGCGAUCAAGAAUUAGCAUGGGAGGCCAAUUAUCCACACGGCAGCAUCAAUCCAGCGAGCAAAGCGGCACCGCCAGGCGGCUUUGGGUUCUAUCUGAGCGGUCCUGAAUGGUUUGCUGGGCAGCUCAGAGAGGUGCCAAAAAGCCCUCAGGAUGCACGGCCGAUGGAAGUGAUGAUGGGAUACGAAGUGAUGUUUGAGAAAGGAUGGGAAUGGGGCCGUGGCGGAAAGCUGCCUGGAAUCUAUGGAGGUCCGGGUGAUGCUGCGUACGGCUGCACUGGCGGAAGAAAGUCUGAUUUAGAGCGAUGUACAUGCUUUGAUCUGCGUCUCAUGUGGAGAGCGGAUGGAAUCGGUGAGCUAUAUGCAUACCUCCCACCGUAUUCGCCCAACACUGCCAGCAUUCUCGCUGCCCCGCCGCGUUCUAUGAUCAACGCGGAUUACGGCGCGUCCGUUGGGCGAGGAACGUGGCAUCUCGAUGUGGGACGGUGGAUCGCCGUCGUCCAAAGAGUGAAGAUGAAUUCUGUGGGCAAGGAAGAUGGCGAGAUCCAAGUAUUCAUUGACGGAAAGUCCAUGCUAUGCCUCACUGGUCUCGUCAUGCGCACCGCCGAAUAUCCAGACAUGCGUGUCCAGGGGUUGCAUUUCCAGACAUUCUUUGGAGGGCAUACCGCUGAAUGGGCAUCGCCGAAGGAUCAGAGGGCGUGGUUCAGGAGCGUGUCUGGCGCGAUCCUGCGCCCGACGCUCGAGCCACCUGCUGGCCAUGAUGAACUGUGAGCUUGCGAGGUCGAAAAGUCAGUGAUUGAAUGCAAGCGAUCAUCACUCUCAUGCAUCAGCUGUCGCAACUUUAUAUUCGAAGUUGAUUGUUUGCCGGAUUCCGUUGCUGCUUUUCAUGAAAGGUUCACAACGGGUGCCAGUAGACAAACCCACGAACAUAAUUGUCA